AUGGCACCCCUCGCCUCCGUGCAGGGGCAGGUGAAGGCGUUGUUCUCCCGAGCGUUGAAGGAUGCCUUUCCCUCGGUGGAGCAAGAGGUCUUGGUGACCAAAGGAAACCCCAAGUUUGGUGACUACCAAUGCAACAAUGCGAUGGUGAUCUUCAGGGAGCAUGGAUCCGUCUUGGGCUUUGAGAGCCCCUUGAGUGUGGCCGAAGCUAUAAGGAGCUCGCUGCCAUCCAACGACCUUCUUGGCGAUAUCUCUGUGGCGCCCCAAGGAUUCGUCACUGUCAGGCUCAGUUCCCAAUGGCUUAGCCGCCAGGUGAGUGAGUGCUUCUUGAGUGGUGAGCUGUCAUACUCAAAGGUCCCGCGAAAGAGGGUGGUGGUGGACUACUCCUCCCCAAACAUUGCCAAGGAAAUGCACGUCGGUCAUCUCAGGCCAACCAUCUUGGGUGAAUCCAUCCGGCGAGUGCUUGAAUUCAGCGGGCAUGAGGUCCACGGCCUGAAUCAUGUGGGUGAUUGGGGGACGCAGUUUGGGAUGCUCAUUGAGUACAUGAAGGAGGCCUACCCGAACUUUCAGAAAGAACUUCCCGAUGUGCACGAUCUACAAGAGUUCUACAAGCCCAGGACUCACGACCUACGCGACAUGAGUCUCGGUCAAGGACAUCGAGGUUGUGGCCGCAAUGGUUCGCUGGUUGUCACAGUUGUCUCGCUCAAGGCGUCCAAGAAACGAUUUGACGAAGAUCCUGACUUCAAGAGCCGAGCGCAACGGGCGGUGGUGGACCUGCAAGCAGGCGAUGACUUUGCACACUCCGCCUGGCAGAAGAUCUGUGACGUGAGCAGGCGAUCCUUCGAGAAGAUCUACCAGUGA